UAUGUCAAAAGUCUGUGAAAAGCUCAUUUUACUUAUGUAGCUUUAAUACGAAUGCCCAGUAGCUUUAUCACAAGAGCUUUUCAUUUCUUGCUUGUUGCCACAGACCAACUUGAUGUGGAAGAUAUCGCCACAUCGUGUGGUUGUUGUUCACUUGCAGAACCCGAACCCAUAUCCUAUGCUUCGGAGUUUCGCGAUUUCAUACAAAAUAAUGCACCAUUGGAUUUUGAGACAAAAAUGGCACGAGCGCGACCAUUUGUUUUCGCUAGCUUUAUAGCGUGGCCGGCGUUUUGGAUGUAUAGAGGAAUGGAUUGGAGCAAUAGGGCGCCAUUGGAACGUUCCUUGGUCAACUAUAUAAAUCGGACUUUUCAUCAAGCCAAGUUAAUGCAGUUUGCUAUACUCAGUUUGGGUCUAAUGUUUGCGGUUUAUGAAGAGAGCCCUCUUCUGCAUAAAGUGAACUAUAUGCUUAAGGGUAUCGACCACGAAGACGAUUACAGAGCGCCGCGCGAUGUUAACCUAGGCGAGGAGGUGCGCCGCCUAAUGCACAGACGAGAUAUUGAAGCGACAAUGGAAGCUGCCUCACCAUUUCUUAUUAGUGCCGCCUUAGCCUGGCCAACAGUUUGGCUGUAUCGCGGAUUUGAUUGGCAUGCCCAUAAAGGCAAGGAGACGCUGCCGCUUUAUAUUAGAAAGACUUUCUUUCAAGCGAAAGCCGUACAAUUUGCAGUGCUCGCAAUGGGUCUAAUUUACGUUGUCGGCAGCACAUCGACGCGCAACACGUAA